AUGGAGGGACGAAGACUUCUGGAAUCAUUAUUAAGUGCCAGAGGGGAUGAUUGUAACAGAUUAAUUGAGGUAAAUCAAGUUGGAAAUGAAAAUUUGACCGCAAAUAAAAGUCGGAAUUCUAAUAUUGUUACCAGUAAUACUAAUGAUAAUAAUACCAAUAACAGUCGUCAACGUCGUCGUAUUUCGCGUGCACAGAGUGUUGCUAAACGACUCGAUGAACACCGUCCACCAGGUUUGUUCUUUGUACUGACUUCUAAUUUAGCUGGAUUUAGCAGCUGCGAAGAUGUUAUGGCCAAUUCACCAGAGCGGCACUCGGGGACGUGA